GGGGAUCGAUUGGAGAAACGUUGCGCUUCCGAGAAAAAAAAAAAGAAAGAAAAAAAAAAAGAAAAAAAAAAAAGAAAAGAAAAUAAAGAAAAACGGGGGAAAAAAAAAGAAUCUUUACGAGUGCGAAAGAGAUGUACAAAAUUCUCUUGCGACCGUUCGUCGAUUUUUCAAUCAAAACGACGACGACUGAAUCUCUACGGAAUGAAAGGGAAAACGAAAAAAAGGGGGAAAAAAAAAAAAGAAGAAAAUGUUGUUCGACUAAGUGCGAUCGCGUUAAGCACGCGAGAAAGAACAAAACAAAAACGGAUUGCUGUACUUUAUUAAGUGUAAUGAUUGCCUUCCUGCCAUAUUUGGGGUAUGCCAAGUAUAAAAAAUUAUAAGGUUUAGAGAUUAGGAAACGAAGAAAAAAAAAAAGAAAAAAAAAAAAAAUUAAUGACGACUCACUACCGCGAAAUUCAUUGAAUUUGGAACAAGAGAAAAUGCGUCGAUAAAUGCGCGAGAUUGCCUGUAAUCAAUAUCAAUGCGAAAUAUGAAUGAGUGAAAACUUUUUUUUGGAAAGAAAAAAAAUCUGGACGUGUGUGUGAAAGCGACGAUGAUGUGGAUGCGUGGCGCGCGCGGAUGAAUGGAUUAUUUUCGGAAAGAUCGUGCUAUUUUUCAAAAUUUUACAUAUUAAUACGCGUACGACUUUUCGCGAGAGAAGACCCUCGAUCCUCGACAAUCGAAGAACAAUACGAGCCGAGUAGCCGUCGAAACAAAACCGGCCGCUCCCCUUUUUCGGAAUCGUUCAAAUUCUGGCCACCGAUCUGGUGUCGUUGUUGGACGACCGAUUGUUGAAUUAUUAACGCGCGACACAGUCAACUCGACCGAUAAUUCAGCACGGAAUUUCUUUCAAAUUUCGAUUCGCGUCUACUCCUCGAUCGUUCUUGCCACGAACCGCCGUUCAAGAGAUCUCGUGCGACGUCUACGAGCGAGUUCGUAUCCGGAGCCUAGUCAUCAGCCUAGGAGCAGAAAGAGGGGGAAGACAGUGUGUGAGAGAGAGAGAGAGAGAAAGUGAAGUGGACAGGAUGGGGAAGAAUGAGAGAGCGAAUGGGAUAGGAGAGACAGAGAGAAAGGAAGAGGGAGAGAGCGUGUGACAGAGAGAACGAAAUUUUCUAAACAAAAAGAAAAAAAAAAAUAAAGCAAAUUUUUUAAAGUUGGCACACUGGUUCGAGUGACUCUUUGUAAGUAUUAAAAAAUAAAUAAAAAAAAGAAAAAAAAAAGAAAAAAAAAAAGAAAAAAAAAUUCGAAGUGGCCUUCUGUAAAAGGAAAAGACCAUCGCUUUUCGCUUUUGCUCGAGAGAGAAAAAAAAAAAGGAAAAAAAAAAAGAAAAAAGAAAGAUGGGGGCGUAUAGAGGCUAUCCGUCGUGUUAUACGUUGUUUAGGCAAUCUUUUUAGAAAACGUUGUUCUCGCGCCACUCCCCUAUGGAAGCUUUAAACGGUUUGUACGAAAGUUCCGAGAGGAAUCGAUUAGCAAGUUAAUUAUCGGCGAUUAGAAAAUUAAAUUCGGGAAAAAAAAUUCUCUAAAACGCGUUAUUCUUGAUACAAAAGAUUUUUGGAUGAAACUAAAAAAAAAAAAAAAAAAAUAAUAAUAAUAAUAAUAAUAAUAAAUAAAUAAAUAAAUAUUCGGUCGACGAGAAAAAAAAGUGCCGAUCUAGCACGUUUUAUUUUUUCGUGAAAAUCGGAACGACACGCGAGAGAGCGAUGAUCGAUUGAGGAAAGGAGAGAAAAAAAAAAAAAAGAAGGAAAGAAAGAAGAAUAAUAGAUCGCGAAUUUAAAAGAUUUUAUUACGAUUUAGGCUUAAUGUGUUCAACGAGAAGGUAAAUUUGAACGAAACCAGCGGCAGGGUGGAGCAAAAGAAACUCGUGAGUCAAAGCGAGGAGAUGGAAUUGGAAGAAGAAAAGGGGGAGGGGGAGAAAAAAAAAUAUAUUUCAAAGAGCCGCGAACGAAAUUGCGAGAAAGAAUUAGCGGAACGAUAGUGGGGGGUUAGGGAGAGAGUGUGCGAGAGAAAAGGAUGGGGAAUGUGAACAGGCGAGAAUGUGGAAAAGAUUAAAAUUAAUAUUGUAUAAAAAAAAAAAAAAGUAGCAAGUGCCUUUCAAACAAAAAAAAAAAAAAAAAAAAAAAAUUUACGUGUCCCGUAGACCGUGACCACUUGUACGUGAUGAAAAAAAAUCAUUCGAAAUUCCGCAUCACCAAAUGAAUCAUUUUCCGACAAAAGUGGAAAAGAAAUAGAAGAAACAAAAUGAAAGAAAGAAAGAAAGGAAGAAAGAGAGAGGAAAAAGCAAAAAAAGAAGAAAAAAAAAAGUACAGAUGACAAAGAUACAAAGAAUUAUUUGUGGGGACGUUGCGUAAAACAAAAACUAUUAACUACUCCUUAUAGUACGUAUAUACAUAUUCUCUUCGUCUCGUCUCGAAGUGUUAGCGACGCUGCGCGAUUUCUGCGAGGAUUAAACAGCACGGUGUUAUAGUCGAGGAUAGAAUCAAAGGAGGAACUCGAAUAUUUUGCAAAAAAGAAGAAUAAAAUAAAUAAAUAAAAUUGUUGGCUUUAAUUUUGAACAAUAUGUGAUACCCCGAUUUUCUCGAUCGAUUCGAAUCUCGGAUCUGACUGGGAUAGUGGGUAGUUUUUUUGUUUUUGUUUUUCUUUUUUUUUUUUUUUUUUUUUUUUUUCCCAUCGAUUACGCAAUGUGUCUACGAAACUUUUGUGUGCGUGUAGAGCGAAUGUACAAAAUCUACAAGCAAAAACCCGACAAAAUUUCUGUUUUGGAUCAACCCACCACCGGUAAUACCCUGAAUGGCAUAUUCUCGUAAACGUUUCUUUUUGAUUCGCUUGUACGAGAGAGAGAGCGAGAGCAAAAAAGAGAGAGAGAGUGAGAGCGAAAAAGAGAGAGAGAGUGAGAGUGAAAAAGAGAGAAAGAGAGAUAGAAAGAGCGAAGAUGGAUGGUAAACAGGGGGAGGGAAGGGGGGAUGAAAAGUAGGAGAGAAGCGUGUAACUAAAUUAUCAGAGGGAACGGAUAUUUCGAGAAUCUUUCGUUUGCGCAUUUUUGAUAUAUCUGUGAACAGAUGAAAAAAAAAAAACAAAGAUACUUAUAUUACAUACAUAAGGUGUAAGUGAACAAAAAAAAAAAAUGCAUCUAAUACGCUAUUAUUGAUAUAGGACACAAAGUAAAGUAAAUAUAUAUGAGACAAAAAAAAAAAAGUAUAUAUAUACAUAAAUUGAUAUAUUGACGCUAAUAAAGGUUGCUGCUGGAUGCGUUUUACGUUGAAGGAAGAUGAUGCAGUUUUCCGUUCAAACGUCGUCGAGGACGAAACAAAAGUUCACGGGGAGAAUUAAGUUAAGACAAAAAAGUAAGGAUCUUAGAGUCGAAGACAAAGUAGCUCUUAGAAUUUUUAUCGAGGCAACAUAAGGACGGACAGGCGUGACACUAGUAUACCACUUUCGAGGAAUAAAUCCCUAUAUCCCAUUUGUCCUCGUGGCCUGUGCCUCAUGUCUCGCUCGCCUUAUAUAUAUAUAUAUAUAUAUCGAUCCAUCGUCUCGCUCUUCGAGCUUUCCCGCUCUUCUCGAUCCAUCUUGCGCGUCCAUCUUCCCGAUUUCUUUGAGUGAAUCCGAGUGGAAAAGUGUAACGCGGCCCGGCUAAGAUGGAUCGAACGGGUGGAAAAGUGUUGCGAAAGAUCUCGCACGAUCAUGAGAAUGGGGAAGAGGGAGGAAAAGUUUGCGAGCGGAACGUGUGUCAGGCAACGAGGCAGCGAAUCACACUCGGCCGCAAUUGCAAACGAAAUUUUUAACACAUUCAUUCUAGAUUUCAAGAAUACAGGAAUACUGAAGAAGAGAUGUAUUACGUGCACGCGCCGAAUCUUUCCUUUAUUUUCGCCUUAGCUUCGAGAUGUAAUUGUCUUAUUAUAAUAAUGAUCGACCCGACAUACGCGCCACACGUAUACACGAGAAGAAGAACAUGGAGAAGAUGGAGAGAGAGAGAGAGAGAGAAUGAGAGAAUGAGAGAGAAUGAGAGAGAGAGAGAGAGAGAGAGAAAAGAAACAUUCAAAAGAAUCCAAGCAGGCCGUAAGAGUAAAGCGAUAACGAAGCGUAGUAAUCCCUGUAUCCGCGAUUUACGACUAGUUUACAGGAUGUAACACGUAACUGCGUUUAAACGAAAGGGACGUUACGACAGCGGAAGGAACGCGAAGGUCGAAGGACAACGUGGAACGACACGCGUUAUUCUGCUGCGGUAACGGCUAUACAUUCGAGACUAAACUAUAGGUGGCAUCCUAAUUUACAGAAAUUAUUAGUCGAACAAUAGAACCGCACAUUUUUCAGAAUCCGAUUAUUUAAUCGUAUACACCCAGUCGUGGGGCAAUAUCCAACGUAUGCGUCCACAAACAUUACACGCGCACCCGACCACUUUACCUACGCAUUUGUGAGCGAUGUCAUACACACAUAUACACAUAUACAUAUACACACAUAUACAUUACACGACACAUGCUCAAAAAAAUGUGAAACAAGAGAAAGUUUGAAAGAAUUGAAAGGAUAAGCGAAAAAAUAAAGAGUGAAAAGAUAAUAAAGGGAAGAAGUAUAAUGUAAGAGAGAGAGAGAAAAUAAGUACUGGAAAAGGUAAGAGAUCCGAGUGUAUGGAAAGAAUGUAAACGAGCGUACGAAAAGAGAAAACGAGGUGAGAUAAAGUGAUGUUGAAAGCAGAGAAACACAUUCUUGGAACAACAAAAUACACUAAAGAAGAAACACACAAUAUGCUACGCGACAAACAAGCACAAUCGCGCGUUCACUGUAAAUAGAAGGAUGCAACAUUAUUAUACGACAAAGUUCAUCUUUAUUAUCGUAACCUGUAAUAUAUUUAUUUGUCCGUAAAAGGUAUUUUAUGUAAUUUAAGAUCCGAGCCUCUGUUUCAUUUGAAUUUGCCGCCAUAGUGCGCUAACGGGAGGCAUUGGUCGAUGUAGCGUGAGGUAGAAAGGCGUUUCUAAAAGGUACGGAUAAAAUAUUUUUAAAGGCGCUUGCGAAUAAAGUUGAGGAGCGCGGAUGGCCUCCGACCAGUGCCUCGCGAAUAAUUAGGAGCGAAAUCGAAAAAAGGACCACGUAAUGCGCUCUCGCGAUCGAAGUUGAUCGUAGCAAUUUCCGACCAGUUCUUACCUCGAAAUUUAGAGAAUGUCUCCGAAUCGUUAUUGCGGUUGUUAUAUACAUGUUUCUAUCACUUUUCAACCUCGAUCGCGUGAACCUGCGAAUUGUGUCUAAUUGUCUUCGUUUCAGUUUCUAAUCUCGAUCGAUUCAUUUCGAAAUUGUCGCAGCUUACAAUAGAAGACGCUCGCUGUCCAAAAAAUGACGAUAAACGCAAGUUUCUUUGCAGAUGGCGAUAGUUUAUAGUUACUAUUGUUUCUAUUUACAUUAAAAAAACAAAGUAUUUCUUUUGAGUAGAUAGUCGAAUUGAUUAAA